AUGACAUCUCUCAACGGCCAUGCCGUCCACUCCCAAGCCGCUCAACGCCGCAUCGAACACCAUGAAGCCGACGUUGUGAUCGUCGGUGCCGGAAUUCUUGGUUGCGCACUAGCUUUCGCACUAGGAAAGCAAGGCCGAAGUGUUAUUCUACUCGAAAAAUCCUUGGAAGAGCCCAAUCGCAUUGUGGGUGAACUGCUCCAACCGGGAGGCGUUCAAGCAUUGGACAAACUAGGGUUACGCGACUGCCUCGACGACAUUGACGGAAUCGACGUGAAGGGAUACUGGAUCUCAUACUUUGGCGAACCGGUUAUGAUCGAGUAUCCCAAGUCCACAGCGUCAGCACCGGCACCGCUGGGACGGGCUUUCCACCAUGGACGAUUCGUGAUGAAGCUCCGACAGGCGGCCAUGAGCUGUCCAAAUGUCACUGUUGUCGAAACCAAGGUGACCGGACUAGUUACAUCUUCGCAUACAAACGAGGUUCUGGGUGUGGAGUGUGUUACCAAGGACCUGAAGGAUUGCUACUUUGGCCAGCUCACCGUGGCCGCCGACGGCUACAACUCCGAUUUCCGCAAAACGCACCACAAAUACACGCCCAAGCGUCGUUCGAAAUUCUACGGGCUGGAGCUUAUUGAUACUAAGCUUCCCGCGCCUAAUACCGGUCACGUCCUUCUCAGCGAUAGCCCGCCUGUGCUCAUGUACCAGAUUGGCACACGCGAAACUCGAAUCCUUGUGGAUGUCCCGGAUAAUCACCCUGGUGCGUCGGUGAAGAAUGGUGGUGUUAAGGGCUAUAUGAAGAACACCAUUUUGCCUAGGCUUCCAGAGGGCACGCAGGCGUCGUUUUCGGAUGCGUUAGAGACCGGCCAGCUACGGUCAAUGCCGAACUCGUUCCUACCCGCGUCGACGAACAAAACACCUGGAUUGAUGAUUCUGGGUGAUGCACUUAAUAUGCGGCACCCAUUGACGGGAGGAGGAAUGACAGUAGCAUUCAACGAUGUCUGUGUCAUUCGCGAGUUGCUGAGCCCAGAGAAGGUGCCCAGCUUUUCCGAUACAGAUCUCGUUCUCAAGCAACUUGCCAAAUUCCAUUAUGCACGAAAGAAGUCUUCCUCUGUCAUCAAUAUCCUCGCACAGGCCUUAUACUCGCUCUUCGCUGCCGAUGAUCCAAGCUUGAGAGCUCUUCAGCGUGGCUGUUUCCGCUACUUCCAGGUUGGGCCUGUUGGAGGUCCCGUCGGGCUAUUGGCAGGUCUCAUCAAAAAGCCUCUCAUCCUCGUCUCCCACUUCUUCUCCGUUGCGUUCCUCUCCAUUUGGGUCCUCUUGACUGAAACCCCUUUGACCCAGAUCGUCCUAUUCCCAUACAACGCUUUUAUGAUCUUGUACACGGCCUGCAUCGUGAUUUUCCCAUACAUCUGGACUGAAAUUUGGUAUUGA